AUGGAAAACACAUACCCGCGGAGGCACCAAUCACAUACAGCCACGUCACAGCAGCACUCUUCUGGUCCUGAUCUUCUACGCAGCAGAAGCGGAAGUAGUACUUCUCCGGCGAUAAACAACUCGUUAUACACUUCCAGCGUCAGCCAGAGAUUCACCACUCCACGGUCGAAGUCCACCGCCAAAUCGAGAAAUGGUUACAGAGAUGAGGAGAAAACGGUGAUCUCAAGCAUGCAAAAGAAGGGACAAGAGAAUAGAGAAGGCAACAAUCAGAAUGUAAGUUUUGACGUCCCUAAGUUGUCGCAACGCGGGAGUACUAGUCCGAGUCCGAGUCUGCGCUCUAGCUUCAGCUCAACAAAGGGGAGGAAGUCGUCGGCGACGUCUCCUUCGGCUUGGGCUUUGUCUCCAGGAAGGUCUUUGCCAUGCACCGUGGGGCCGGAGCUGACUGCGGUGGUAGUUGCUUCGCCGAGGCCGAGGGUUAAGUCCAGUGGCGGCGGAGUUGGUGGGGUUUUGAAGUACUUUAGGCUGCAGAAGAAAGGGUUCACCAUACAGGAGGAGGAGUUUCAUCAGUUUCGGAUUUUGCAUAAUAGGUUGCUCCAAUGGAGGUUUGCGAAUGCUAGAGCUCAGUCUGCCAUGGUUGCUUCACAAAAAGUUGCGCAGGGUAGAAUGUUUAGUGUGUGGCUUAGAAUCUCCAGAUUGAGGACCUACGUGUUCGAUAAGCAACUACAAGUGGAAAAGCUCAAGCAUCAAAUGAAGGUCUAUCAAAUUGUGUACCCUCAGAUUUCUCUACUGAAUGAAUGGGGGAAAUUAGAGAAAAAGAAUAUAGAAUCUGUUAGCAGGAUGGUGAGGAAGUUAUCCGGAAUUUCAAACACAAUUCCUUUGGCAAAUGACGCUAAGGGAGAUGUGGCGUCUAUACACGAAGCGAUGAUCACAGCCAUGGAUGUAAUGGCUGGUAUUCAAGCAACAGUCACUGAAUUGCUCCCACAGCUUGAAAAGCUACUUUACAUGGUUACGGAGCUUCUAAUCAUGCAGAAGCAACAAACAGAAUUGGAGAAAUAUAUAACAUCUGUCGUUAGUCUUAUGAAAGAGGAGACGAGCGUAAGAGUACAUCUCAUCCAAGUAGCGAAUGAAAAUCAAGGAGAGGCUCGGAAUUAUAUGUUUGAUUAA